GCCUGGGGCUCCGUGCGCCGGAGCUUGUGGCGUCAAUGCGCCCGCCGUGUCCAUGGAGAGAGGUUGAGGUGGCCGAGCUCUGGCCCGAGGCACCAGGACACCGGGACGGCGAGGAUGUCGGCUUCGUUAGUCCGGGCCACUGUCCGAGCUGUGAGCAAGAGGAAGCUACAGCCUACCCGGGCCGCUCUCACCCUGACACCUUCAGCAGUAAACAAGAUAAAACAACUUCUUAAAGAUAAGCCUGAACACGUAGGUGUGAAAGUUGGUGUCCGAACCAGGGGUUGUAAUGGCCUUUCCUAUACUCUAGAAUAUACGAAGACAAAAGGAGACUCUGAUGAAGAAGUUGUUCAAGAUGGAGUCAGAGUGUUCAUCGAGAAGAAAGCACAGCUAACACUUUUAGGAACGGAAAUGGACUAUGUUGAAGACAAAUUAUCCAGUGAGUUUGUGUUCAAUAACCCAAACAUCAAAGGAACGUGUGGCUGUGGAGAAAGCUUUAAUAUUUGACUCCUCAGGACUGUUUGGGCCGUAGGCCCCAGGAGAGCCGUGGAACUCUAGGGCUUGUUGAAGAAAUCAUGUGACUGUCACAUGCUUAAGGUUUGUAACAUGUGGCUGUCUUAAGAGACAAAUAAAGUGACACAAUUUGAAAAUGGAGCCAGUGUGUUGGAUUCCAGAAGAAUUGAUAUUUGUGUUCUUUUUAGGGGACAGAAAAUGAGAAGCCAUGCCUCUCUUUGCAUCAUUUUUCUGCUCUGUAAAGAAAAACAUGUUCCACUUUGCAAUUAAUUCUCUUGCAUCCUUUCUGUUAGAACCAGUUUCAUGAAAGUUGCCUUCAUGGGAGGACUUCGAGAAGCGUGUUCUUAACAGGUGUGCAUUGGUAGGUCUGUUGAAGAGCUUGAAUGUACCUCUCCUGACAAGAUUGAUGGCAUUUAAGAUUCAGAGGCAGGGAAUCUUGACUGCUGUUGUGGUGGUGCAUUGCUUUUCUGGUACAGCGUUUCUACAUUUUUAUCCAAAAUUUCACUGUCAUGUGCCUCAUUUGCUUACCCUGUAGCAUCCCCAGUCAUUAAAGUAUUGGAGAAAGAUUUCCUGGAACUGUAGUGCAGAAUAGUUCUGAGUGAUGGGAUCAAAAGGUAAGAAGUACUUCACCCACCUGUUUUUAAAUCUAUGUCUUUUGGUACCCCAGGUGUCUGCUCAGAGAUGGGAUCUCAAACUGACUUAGAUCCUUUUAAUAAGAAGGUCUCUUAAAAGCCCACCCCCUCAGUUACGUACCAGGGGAAGCAAAACCCCAGGGAAGCUGAAGGGCUUUUGUCCCCCUCGCACUGCAGGCUCCGGCUAGUAGGGGCAGAGCCAGGACCACCCACAGCUGCCCCUCUUAUAGGUGACACACCAGCUCUGUGCUCUGAGGCGGUCGGUGUAGGUAAAUGGGUGAUCUGGCUUCAUUAUCUGGUCAGCAUUUUGAUAAGAUUGCUUUGUCAUUUGGAGAGCAUAUUUAGUUUUAUUUUCAGUGAGAAAAAUUUUAUGUUAAAACCCAUUUAUGCAGAUUGCCAUCUUGUUUCACCAGGACUGUGGAACAGUGGUUUGUACUAGCAGGGAAGACAACAUUGUGGCAACCCAGAAUUUCAGCACGUGCUAGUCAUUGUGAAGUGAGUGUGGGCAUCUUUUCUUAGGAUUUCCAAUAUGCAUACGCUUUCUGGAUCCAAAGUCCAGUUGCUAAAAUUUUUAAGCCUAGUGUUUUAACCUAACAUUUUUAUCACCAACUUUUCCUUAGCAGUGUUUCUUUUGUCAUUUAGUUAUUGAUUUUCCUGGGUUUGACAUGUUGAGUGUUCCAUGAAAUGACGUAUGUUGUUUUGAAAGCCAGUUCUUAUGAAUUGAAGUAGCUGAGUUCCUUUAUGUUUGUCAUAUUUACUAAAGUACCUGGCACAAAAUGCACCAAAACCUAGAGCAGUAGCUUUAUGUAAGUGCUCAUGAGUUUGUAUUGUUAAUUUAAUUGUCAACCCACUUAAAAUUUGUGCAAUACUGUAUAUAUGUAGAGAUUGAGUUGCCAAUAAAAAGAAAAAUGUCUCUUCACGAUCAUAAAA